GCUGUGCUACCCUGGCAACGAGGCACAUAAACUUAAUUUUUCUAAACUACAUCUAAUUGUUCAAAAUUUGUUAUCUAAUUAACCAGUAACCAAUUCUGUUCCUGUGUUUUUUUCAAUUGUCAUUAGUGUCCAAAUUUGAUUAAUCACACCUUGAGAAAUCGUCAUCAUGGGUAAACAAAAGUCUUCGGCUUUUUGGUGGUUUAUGGUUCAUCUUCAGAAGGAAGAAUACUAUAAAACGAAAAAAUUACUAUCGAUACCACAAGUAAGUGGACCUGCUGGAGAUAAGUGGAAGAAGAUGUCUCCGGAGGAAAGAAAACCAUUUAUUGAUAAGGAUAAAGAAUACAAAGCUGGAGAAAGAUAUCCUUUGAGAGAUUUUGCUCAAGAAAUGGCAAACCGAAAAGUCAAAGUUGAGCCAAGUUCGAUUAAACCAGAUCCAGAUGUCCCUAUCUCCAGACCCGAAUCUCGAUCUUCAAGUGCAAGUGUCAUAGUUACUGUAGAACAGUGCAGAAGAAAAAAGUUGACUGAUUCUUUGAGAAAAUUUAUCGAGAGUGCUGAUGAUGAAAGAAUUAUCAACCAAAAAUUUUACUUCAUUGCUUCAAAUGUAUUAUGUGCCACUAGGAAGGAAGUAGAAGGAAGUGAUGAAUGCGUCUAUGAAGAUACUUAUUAUCCGAUGGAAAUUGGAAUUGCUGAAUGGUGUAUCUCUGAGGGCAUAACAUUUUUCAUCAAUAAAUUCACAGACCCUGGAAAGACGCCCACUGCUAUGGCCAGAGUAGUUAAGGAACAUGCAAAAAAACACGAAAUAGAAACAUCUGAUCUAAGUGUUGCCAUUGGCUGUACCAAGGACUUACUCACUGGAGAAUAUGAUAUGGAUAAAAGAAGAAAGGAAUUCGACGAUCUAGUUUGUGAUUUACAUGAUAUUUUUAACAAUUCAAUAAUUGAUGAAGUAUAUAUUGAUGAAGGGAAAGCUGUAAAAAUUAUAUUCUCCGAAGCAGACCAAAUUUGGCAAAACAAAGGUUGUUUAAAAAAAAUUGCUCAAGAGGCUGGUUUAGAGCGUUUUACAGAAGGAAUUGAAGUUCUGGAUUGUGCUGAUCUCUUUUUCUUUUUGAGCCAAAAGAAAGGAUACGGAAUCAAACCUCUUCUUCUUGAUAUGCUUGAUGGUUCGAAAUACGAUUAUGAUGGACGCUGUGAUUACCAUACAAACAAGGAUACACGUUACUGUGCUUUAACGGUGGCCAAAAAACACUGUUGGCUAAUUUCUGAACAUCUUUGUAAGCUUUAUGAAGUUGAGGUUAAGCCAGAACAUCUUCCAUUAGAGCUUAGGUCAGCCCCUGUAAUAGAAGAGGACGAUUGGUGCAACUUCAACAAAGAAAUAACUACGUCUAAAUUUCCUCAAAGAAGAAGAUAUUUCGAUGAAGAUUUCGAUGAGCCAGCAAGACCUGUCAGCGAAACUAAUACUAUUUCUUGGCCUACUUCAGUGGGUCGUGGAUCAGCUAGAAACUUGCCAAGUGAUAAUACAUCUUUUAAAAGAGAAGCACCCAGCCCUAGGAAUGGUACACACUCUUUCCCUGCUACUGAUGUUAGAUUAAUCGAGGGCACGUUGAAAGCAGAACCCAGUGUAACACCUUCAACAUCAUCUUCAUCAGGACACUCGAACGGUGACCACUUACCAAGACUACCUGGUCAAGAACCAUGCACUUCACCCUUCAGAUCUCGAGAUGAUAGGAAUAACGGAUCAUCAAACAAUGGAGAUGUUAAACCAUCUGUUCCCGAUAUACCAAGACCAUUAGGUAGAGGACGAGCUCGUCAAUCUAGACCUAACUUCUAACGUGUUCUUUAGUUAUUGAAUUUUUUUCUAUUGAUAUUUUUUUCAUUAAAUUGAGCAUUUGAUUUAAUUAGUUAUCUAACAGCUUAAUAAAUUAUAUAGCUGUCCAGUUUUCAUCUUUUCAUGAUUUCAUGUUUCAUUUCCACUUAUUGCUUAUAAAUGUUUCAUUGCAAUAAUUAAAGUUAUUCAUAUUCA